AAAUGCGAUAUGGAUCGAGAACGCGAGAGAGAGGCAAAAUCUUUGGAGCCGCGAGAUUUAUCAUCGACUGGCCGUAUUUAUGCUAGAAGCGAUAUUAAGAUAAGUGCGUCACCAACUGUUUCUCCAACGAUCUCAAACUCAUCCUCGCCGACGCCCACCCCACCAGCAACAAGUACAUCUGUACCGCCUAUCGGAUUACCAAACACUGUAGCGGUUGGGCCAGGUAGUGCAUCUACAGCAGGUGCCAGUUCCUAUUUGCAUAGUAAUCAUAAACCAAUCACUGGCAUACCAUGCGUAGCAGCAGCAUCUCGUUACACAGCUCCUGUGCAUAUAGAUGUUGGUGGCACCAUCUAUACCAGUUCACUCGAAACUUUGACCAAAUAUCCAGAUUCAAAGUUGGCCAAGCUCUUUAAUGGUUCCAUACCCAUAGUGCUGGAUUCAUUAAAGCAGCACUACUUUAUUGAUCGCGAUGGUGGUAUGUUUCGACAUGUGCUUAAUUUUAUGAGGAAUUCGAGACUAUUGAUAGCAGAUGAUUUUCCUGACUUAGAGCUCUUAUUAGAGGAAGCACGUUAUUUUGAAGUGGAACCUAUGAUAAAGCAGCUUGAGAGUAUGCGGAAGGAUCGAGUACGCAAUGGCAAUUACCUUGUGGCACCACCGACACCACCUGCUCGCAUUAAAAGCAGUCCUCGCACAACUUCGACACCCGAAUAUAACUACGAAGUCGUCGCCUUGCAUGUAUCACCUGAUUUAGGUGAACGCAUUAUGCUGUCAGCGGAGCGCUCAUUGCUCGACGAAGUUUUCCCAGAAGCCAAUCAAGCAACACAGACCAGUCGGAGUGGGGUGUCCUGGAAUCAGGGUGAUUGGCGACAAAUUAUACGUUUUCCCCUUAAUGGUUACUGCAAAUUAAAUUCCGUGCAAGUUUUGACACGUCUACUGAAUGCUGGCUUUACCAUUGAGGCUAGCACUGGUGGCGGUGUAGAGGGUCAACAAUUCUCAGAAUACUUAUUAGUGCGUCGGAUUCCAAUGUGAUAGUCUGGAGCAGAAAUUUGUAAAUUAAGUUAAAAAAUCCACAUAAUUUCAUAGAUGAAAACCAUUUUAAAAUAUAUAUAAACCAUAUUUCAACUAAUAUUAUUAAGUGUAUAGUUUGCGGUUAUGCCGACAUACGGAUACCCUACCCGAGGAUCUUAUUGCACUUUUGCACUUUUGUUAGAAUUUAAGUUUUUUGGCCUAGACCUAGAUACGUUGUUGGCAGUAACUUAAUUAUUGGAUUGAUGUGGCAAUGAGAAAAUAUAAAUAAUAUUGAUGUCCCGUGGGAUUCUGUUUUGUUUGUAUUGUAGGAUGAAACCAAGAUUUGCAAUAUUUCUCUACAGAGUAGAUACUCAGUGCCAUCAGGUUGUUUAAUUUUUAUGGAUCACUGACACACACAGGAUAUGUAAAAAAUUUAUAUUAUAAUCAAUAAAUUACCAUAGGUAUCAAGAAAAACGGGGUUAACAGAACCUCAGUAAAACCGGUACACACUAUCGUUGGUGUCGAAGACUGCCACUUUGCUCUGAGGCUGAACUUUUUAAACCUAAAGAGAAAUGGAAAAUGAAUUUAAAAUUCUUUUGUCAAUAUUAUGAAUGCAACUGUGUGCUUUGUAAGGGGUGUAGGGUGUUGCGAAUAAGCAUUUUUGAAUUAAAUUAAACUAAUUGAGAAUCGCUUAAAGCGGUUCUCACUCGUCGUUAGUGUUUCACAACUUAAUUAAAUAAUUACAGUAGAUUUAAGCUCAGCUCUCGAUGUUUAUAUAUGCAAUUUAGUCAGGAGAAUUUGUUGUAAUUUAUGUUUUGUUUUACAGAUAAGUAAGGUAAAUUUAUUUAAGAUAAUUUCUGAAAAGUACUGAUUUAAUCUGUUAAGUACAUAUAUUAUGCAAUUAAAAAAAGAAAAUAA